UCAGCCCGCAAUAUUUUAGUUCCAAGGGCCAUAUGAGAGUGUCACAAUGGGCCCUCUAUCAGCCCGUUCCUAGUUUGGUCCGAAUAUAAUUUUAUUGAAAAACAAAUAUUUGUUUAAUUCUGGAGGGAUAGGAUUAUGAGCGAAAAUUGAAACAUGAAGAAGAAAAAGCAGCAGAAGGCCAAGAGAGAAGCGAAAGGGUCAGCAGCAUCAGUAUGUGCUGCAGAGGCGUUUGGUAUCCAUCUGAUCUGCGGGCUUGGAUUGGCAGUCGCCUUCUGGGCGGCUCGUAAUUUUUACUCCAUCAAUCUCAUCUCAAAUCCUUCUCUCACCCUCCGUCUGAUCUGGGUGAUUGAGUGUCCGAUUGUGAUCCUUCUUUACAGUCAUUAUCGACGGAACCGUCAAAAAUGCUCCUACUUGAAAGCCGUUGGGCGUGGCUUAAUGGGACUCCCCGUUGGGGCUCUGGUAAAUGCUUUCGGAGCAAUAGCAUUGGGUGCGCCUGUUGGCAUCAAGUAUUUACCAAAGACCAUUAAUUGGUCUCUUAUGAUGUCACUGUUCACCGUUGUGCCUGCCACUUCUGUUUUUGGUUCGUCAUGGGCAGAUUGGCAACGCAUAUUUGCCCAUACAAAGCCAAUUGAACCUAUAGAUUAUAUGAUUUGUAUACCUGCACAUGGAGCUAUUAUUGGAGCUUGGUUUGGGGCUUGGCCAAUGCCACUUGACUGGGAAAGGCCGUGGCAGGAAUGGCCUAUAUGUGUGACUUAUGGAGUCAUUGCUGGAUACCUGGUUGCAAUGGUGGCAUCAUCUGGCUUUGUACUGUUGCGCGGUACAUCACAACGUGUCAAAGGAGAUUAACGAGCAGGAUGCCUUAUUUGUAUUAUUUCAAUUGACAAGUUCAUAUGUACCCUUUUGUCAUUUUCUUUUCCUUCAUUUAACAAUUUUUUUUUUUUUUUUUGGGGGGGGGGGGGGGGGCGGCAUGUAUUGGAAUUGGAACAUUGUUCACUGUCUUGAGUCUUCAUUCAGUGAAUAUACCUUCUUGCUCCACAAUUUUUUAGUGUGUUAUCGAUUUAUAUUUCCUUCCAAAGAAGGCAAUAUGCUUAUAAUUA